ACUAAGUAGGCGCAGUGUGCAGAGCUCUGUGUUGUCGCUGUUGCGUGCCAGCCAGUCCCAUUUCUGUUCUGUGCUCACCAACUUCGUAGCUUUCCGUGGUCGUUCGCGGUAGUUUGACGGCGACAGUGAAGAGGUAAAGUUCUUGGCGUGCUCGUGCAGUUUCCGUCAUUUCGUAUUUGUACUUUUUCGUUCGUUCACACAAUCUCUACUACCUGUCUAGCUGUGCUGCAGAUCGGUGGUAGUACAUCGAGUGUCAUCUUAGAAAAAAAAAACAAAUUUCAGCAUUCGAUCCGCAUCGUAACCUCCCAAACCAAGGGUAAUUGGAGGCAGCCAGUGAAAAAACCACAAAUACUGAUCACUGCGCAAAGAUUUUAGAUUUUUUUUAUUUUUUUUUUUUGCAUUUUUUACUUCGGUGUUUAGCAGUGUGCCUGUGUUAGGGUGUGAUCGAUCUAGUGACAACCGGGGAGAAUCGAAGAAAGUGUGUGAACGUGUGUAUAUGUUUGUGUAUAUGUGUAUGAGUGUGUUUACUUUUACGGAAUCCGAUACGCAUCUUCGAGAGCGUCCGUGAAAUCGCAAAGAACGUCAUCGCCGCCGCCAAAGCUGACUCAUCAUCCUCCAGCCAAAGUUGAAACGCGUUUCAUUUGAGCGAACACUACAUAAAGGAAUCCGCUUCCCGGAAACGCAACCAACAUGGAUAGCCGCGGCCCGACGACAACGGCUCGAGCCGGUGCACCCACCGCCGUCGGCGGUACGUCAAGGCUAGCACAGAUGCAGAUGCGCUUCCAGCAGCGCCAGCAGCAGGAACGUGACCAGCGGAAGAUAGAGCAGAUCGCCACGAGAACGACCGCCGCUGUGGGGACGGUGGCCAUUGCGUCGUCGAACGGCGGUCGCACGACCACGACCACUACAACGACCACGAGCAGCAGUGCAGUGAGCGCAACGGUGGAGCUGGCCGAGCGGCUCAAUGCCACAACCCUCUCGUCCUCGCUGGGUGCUGGCAAGGUGCGCCAAAUGUUCGACGAACGGCGCCACCGGGUGGCCGGCAUCGACAAAAGCUACCCACUGCAGCCGAUCCAAUCGACUGCCACCGUACCGGUCGCCCAUGGUAACCAACCCGUCAACGGCAACAACAACAGCAACAAUAACGGCAGCACUACGAAUGGGAGCACCACCAGCGGUAACGAUGGUGGCGGCAGUGGUUCUCUCGCCCGUGGUAUGGCCAAGGCAGGGCUGAACAACAAACCACGCGUGCCCCCAAUCUCGGCCAGCUCCCGGACCCGCCUGAUGCAGCAGCAGUCGCAAGCGCGUGGACCCAACCUACGCCAGGACAGUCUCGUGGCGAUGCAGACUAUUCGUGGGGGAGACGCCGCCCCGAUGCCGAUGACGGACGCCAACGGUGGCUAUGAUGACAACGAUAAUUUUCUGGAGCAGGAAAAGUUUCCAGAUGCCGCAUCGUUCGAUGAAGAUGCGUUUGAUGCCAGCAGCGAUCGCGCAAACUCUCUCAACGGCAACGUGGCGAUGGGCACAAAAUCGGCAAAAUCAAACAGUUCCACAGCAAAGGCUGCAGCUAGCCAAAAGACAACAAAAAAAGUCCCGACUACUCCGUCCAACACGGCUGCAACGCGUUCGGCGAACGGAUCCGCAAAAUCCGGCAUGGCCACGCAACGUACCGGUCCAUCGGUGAAAUCGAACGGCCCUUCGCGAGCAGUCACCCAACCCAGUCCAGCCAGUUCGGCAGGCUCGGUACGCCGUGCCGGCAGUGGUGCGGCUGCACCGAACACGCUCGCCCUAGCCAACGAGCCCGUCCCGGACGGGUUGACGCGGUGCGAUAUCUGCAGCCGAAACUUUGCCACCGAACGCAUCGACAAGCACCGGCAGAUCUGCCAGAAGACGAAGACGAAAAAGCGCAAGGUGUUUGACAUUACCAAGCAUCGCGUGCAGGGCACGGACGCGGAAAGCUACGUGCUGAAGGGUAAAAAAUCCUCCGUCGCCCAUGGAGUGGCCUCCGUCGCUAGGAAACAAUCUAGUCAGCAGUCGUCGGGUGCAGCUGCCGCUGCUGCAGCCGGUGGCAAGCAGAGCAACUGGCGCAAGAAGCACGAAGAGUUUAUCGCCACCAUUCGUGCUGCCAAGGAGAUGAAGGCCCAUCUGGCCCGGGGCGGCAAGUUGUCCGAUCUGCCUCCACCGCCACCGUCGGAAAAUCCGGAUUACAUCCAGUGUCCGCACUGUUCGCGUCGAUUCAAUCAAACUGCUGCCGAAAGGCAUAUUCCCAAGUGUGCCACGAUGCUGCACAACAAACCGAAACCGAAGCCCAAGGCAGCAUCCAGCAUUCGAAGAUACUGAGCAGUAGCAAGAAGGCGUCGCAAAACACAUUGAUAUAUUUAUAGAUGCCCUUUUUGCCUUUUUUUGUUGUUUCUGGCUUUAUUUAGUAACAUUUGUCCUUUUUAUUAAUAAUACCGGAUGCUGCUGUUAUCUGUUUGGAAUUGACGAUCAAAAUUCCCAUGCGCAAACUACUCCGCGAGGCGCUUGCAGAAGGGUGCAAGCAAUCUGAACGCAUGUACAAACUAACGAAAAACUCUCUCAAUUUCCCCUCCCCACUUUUAAAUUGCCUAACAACAAUAUAUCAUACGCAAUGAGACAAUGCUACGAUAAUCAUUAUGAUGCCAUGCAAUGCCAUAACUUUUUUCCACCCUACUGUUGCAUACAUCGAAGAGUAAAAAAUACAUUUAAAAAAACAUGUCGCAGGCACAGAAACGUGGUUGAGCACGUGGCGAUCUGGCACAAUAACUAAAACGAUACGAAAUAUGGCUGUGUGUGUAAGUGUGCGUGUCGUGUUACAGAGUGCCUAAUCGAAACAUAGCAAAAACUACAACACGAUAAAACCGAUAUGUAACGGAAUUGAAUGUAUCUCCUUUGAGCAAGUGAAUAAAAUAAUGAAGAGAAAAUCAAAA